ACGCGCUUUUUCGAACACGAACGGAGAUGACAGUUUGAUUUUUUUUAAUCAUGUGGUUUUGGUUUCUUUGCGUGGCUUCGGCCGCGGUGUAUUCGGUCGACGGCGCGGGCGCCGGUGCCGCCCGCCUCGUAUGUUACGUUGAAGGCGCGCGCGCAUCCGAUUUUGCCGAGUGCACGCAUCUCGUGUACGCGGGCGACGCGAGAGGAGAUAAACUAGACUCUCUGCUGAAGGAAUAUAGGAAAGAUAACCCAAGAACCAAGAUAUUGCUGCGUGUGACCGAAGCUGAUAAGAAACUUGAAGACCUAUUCAAGUCUAAGCAUGUCCAAGGUUUGGAAAUCUACGGCGCUCACCACAUAUUCAACAAGUCUAAAGUUCUGGAGACCGUUGAUGCUGCCAGAUCCGCCAUCAGCUCCUCUGGUGGAGGACCAUUGUUCUUGGCACUACCAGCGCACCCGGAACUACUGGCGAAGUACUACGAUCUUAGGGUUCUCAUGAAGAAAGUCGAUUUAAUGAUGGUUCAAACCCACGCCUUGGGUCUGGUGAAGAAGAUGACUUAUCAUCCCAGUCGAUUGAGUGGGUUAUGGGACAUGAUGAACACGGAUUCAGUAGUGGAUCUCGUGGUCGGAUUGGGAGUACCAGCGUCUAAAAUUGUGAUCAGUUUACCAGCAACCGCUAGACAAUUCACACUCCUCAAUGAGACCCUUAGUACUCCUGGAAGCCCUACUCAAGAUGAUGAUCCUAAAGAAAUCGAUCAAGCUGAACUCUGCAGACAAUUGCGCAAAGGAAGAUGGACCUUGGAAAGAGAUCAGGAUCUAUCAGCGCCUUACGCAUUUAAGGACAAAACCUGGAUAUCAUUCGAAGACGCGUCCUCAGUUGACGUUAAAGGCAAAUAUGCGCGUGUCCGAGGCUUAGCAGGCUUGGCGUUGUUUAGGUCGGACCGUGACUCCGAGACUCCCUGCGGCCCGACCCUGAGGGCUGCGUUAACAAAAGUUCUGAACCAGCAGAGCCGAGCCCCUAGGGCUGCUGUACUGAGAUCACUCGAGAACGAGAUCCUAUCGGCGCCAGGCCACAUCCGCGCGUUGGACGCUCUGCAAGUCUCUCCGUACCGAAUCACACAAGUUGUCGACUCCGAUGGCGUUAUACAUUCGAUAAGAGAGGACACGAGAACCGAAUUUUCCUGCACACGUCAAGGCUACUUCGUCCAUCCUCGGUCCUGCGCUAGAUUCUAUCGUUGUGUCAAAUUCGACCAGCUUUCACCCGAAUUCACCGUUUUCGAGUUCGACUGUCCCGCUGGUCUUGCGUUUGACUCUCGCUACGAGGUGUGUGUGUGGCCCGGUAGCUUGCCGCACUCGCAGGCCUGUCCCGGCUCCUCUGAGAUUGCGCCAGUACCACACUCUCGAUUCCAGUGCCCCGACCGCGAAGGAUACUACGCGGAUCCAGAGAACUGCCGCUGGUUCUUUGCGUGCCUGGACCAUGGAAAGGCACCAUUGACUGCUUAUGAGUUCCGGUGUCCAUUCGGUCUCGGCUUCGAUGCGGAACGCCUAAAAUGCGAAUGGCCCUGGCUGGUGCCUGGCUGCGGAAACAUUGCCCGAUACGAGGCUGAGGCGUUUGGUUUCUCCGCUGGUGCACUUUCUGGCGCAACUGGAUUCCAGGGAAAAACCGCUGACUCAGUCAACAUAGCUGCUCACCAGAGUUUGGUAUCUGGAGCAUCUUUGGAUAAUCUAGUAGGAAUACAAAACGGAUAUCUUACUAAAGAUGACAUCCUCGAUGGCAAUUAUAUUGCUUCCCAAGAACUCUCCAAUUUAGGAUUUGCUGGACCAGGAACAUAUCAAAUAGAUGAAGGGUCUCUAGAUUUAGGUUUAGGAGGGCAAGGAGAGUCGAGUGGCCUUUCCUAUAAUAUUGUUUCUGCAGAUAAUAUUAACAAGGGUUUAGUGCAAACUACAAACUACCAUGAUAAUGAUAAAUACAGUAGUGGAUCGUUAAUUCUUGAUGAUUAUAGAUUACCUAAUAAUAAGGGCAGCGCUUCAGGAACCUAUAGCUCAGCGCAAAAAUUAAACACAGGAGCAGCUCAAUCAUCUUCACGAUUCAAUUCGGGAAAAUAUAAAGGAAAUCAUGCUUAUCCUGGCGCAUCACCAACAUACGACAACGGAAAAUAUAACAGAGGAUAUUACCGUAAAGAUAAAUCUGGAGCGUAUGUUCACAAUCCUGCUGGAGAUCGCGCUAAGCCUUAUGAACAUAUUGAUGUUCCUCCCGUGCCCUACGGACACGUUGAUUUUAAAUAUAAACAAACAAACGAGUAUGAUGUUGGAGGUUAUACUGGAACUUACAACACGGGUACUUAUAAUCAGGAAGACAGUGCAUCACGCGGUUACGACUAUCCAAAGCCUGCUAUCGAGUUUAACGAAGGUCCUGCAAUAGCUCAAAAUCUGUACAGCAUCAAAGGUCAAGUAGGUGCAUAUACAAGUGGAUCUACCGGCACUACUGGUGCCAGCUCUACUACUUACCAUGGCAGUUAUAACAACGGCGAUGCCGGACAAUAUGUCACAAAUGGGGAUGUAUAUAAUGGUGCCUCACAUACUCUAACAGCUGGAGCAGUUAAUGUUGAACUUGUAGGAAAAACAUCGUUGGUCGAUGUGGAUUAUGCAAACCGCGGUAACUAUCAAGGUCAAUCUUAUAGUCACAACGUCGUCCAUCAAGGUUAUACAGCAGCUGUACCUGCAGUCUCUAUAAGCCAUGUUGGCACUGAUAGUCAAAAUAUUGAAAGUUACAAUUUGGGUACCACACCCACUUCAUCUGGAGUUCCAACGACAGCGACACCAUUACCGGUUACUUACAAAACAACAUACGUACCAGAAGCCCCUAGAACUAGUAUUAAGCAAAUUUUCGGUUACACUCAGCCAGCUGUUACGUUCGUUCAACCAACAGUUGUUCCAAUCAAACAGGUUACUCCUCAAGUACAAGUAGCCGAUUAUAACCAAGAGUUAAAUUAUCAGUACGAAAAUAGGGAUUACUCAUCAACAUAUAAUGCUGAAUCGGGAGGACAAAGAGAUUCCAUAGGUUACGAUUACACAAAACCUGUUGUUAAAGAGAAUAUUGUUACAUACACAACAUCAGUACCAUCAGCGACCGUAGUAUCAUAUCAACCGCAAGGAUUUGGACAUAGCCAACAGACUAUACAUAAAGUAGAGUCUGUAGGUUUCGAGUACUCUACACCAAGACCUGUUACUGAACAGCCAUUUAGAAAACUAGUAGCUUAUACUACAGGACCAUCAGUUUCUACCUAUGUUCAACCAACAGCACAAUCAAUUAGUCAACAAACCAUCCACAAUACUUAUUUGCCUUCGGUUGAUACGAGUGGACAAAGUAUAGUGAACACAGCUGUAAAUUACGAAGUUCCACAAACUGUUACACAAUAUACAACUCCACAACCAGCUGUAUCUGUCCAGCCUAUAGUAUCAACCUAUCAACCACAGGCGUUUAGCCAACAAACUUUGCAUACUGUAGACGCUAGUAAAUUGAACACCUAUUCUCAAGACCAUUCGGAAGAAGGAUACGAAUAUAAACAACCAAUUAUUGAGUUUGAAGAAGCGGCAAAAACAGCUACACAAUAUUCCACACCAUCUCCUACGGUAUCUUAUACACCACAAAGUUACAGCUCACAAACUGUACAAAGAUUCAAAACUAACCAAUACGUUACAUCAACUGCUCGGCCAACGGUUUCAUCAACACCUGUUACCAUCAACGAGAACCCUUUCCUGAAGUAUACAGUAAAGACUACACCAGUGACAUAUGUUAGUCCAACUUACGUACCGCAAUCGUAUAGUCAACAGACGAUACAUAGAGAAGACUCUAGAGGGUCAAAUAUCGGAUCCACGGAAUAUCAAUAUACUUCUGGUAAUAAUUACGAAGAACCUAGAUAUUAUGCAGAACAAUCUACGCCUCAAUCCCAGUCUUACAGUCAACAGACGCUGCAUAAAGUUGAGGCUAAUAAAGUUAAUGUUUAUGAAGGCACAUCAUUUUCAGGGUAUGAUUACACACAGCCAGCUGUAAGUUACGAAAAUACCAGGAUAGUUUCAUCAACACCCACACCUAUCAUUACUUCAACUUACAGACCAAUAUCGCAUAGUCAACAAACUCUUCAUAAAGUUGAAAGACAAAGAAUUCCCUCCACAACACCAAUUCCGUCAGUUGAAUUCACUUACCAACAGCCCGCUGUAUCUAUUUAUAAAAAUCCUAUCCUACAGUAUACUCAAAAUAUUGCCCCAGUUUCGUACGCGGAACCUACUGCAACCGUAUACACGCAAACGUAUAAACCUAUUCAACAGUCUAAAAUAAGUUUCGCUACUAAGCCUGUUCAGUAUGAAACUUCGGCACAACAAGCAUAUAUAAAUCAAGAAGGAUAUUCAUACAGUCAACCAGAAAUACAGAGUAAUAUUGAGACAACAAAUACUGCAAAAUACUCUGAUGCAAGCGUCGUAUCGCAUCAAGUAUUCCACCAGGCACAGAGAACCGGAAAUACUCAAUAUGAAUCUGGGAAAGAUGUUGUAUUUGUUUCGACAACUCCAUCUUCACUAGUAUAUGAAGAUCAUUAUGCAGAAUACGAAGCUCCUAAGAAAGUGAAAACAUAUAAAGCUCCUGAAUAUAUACCACCACGAAAGGAAUAUCAACAAACAUAUACUCUUUCAACGCCCUCUACGCCAAUUGUUUAUCAAGAAAAUUCUUUCGUACGUGCUCAAGACCAGUAUGAUUAUAAACCCGUAGAUUAUUCUCAACAAUAUUCUAAUACCAAAUCAAUUUCUGAUACAUCGCAAAUAGUAGAAUCAGUACACUUUUCGUCAUUCCCAGACACAAAAACAACACAAUACAACCAAGCCGGAUAUCAAUCACCUGAAAUACAAGUAGAAUAUAAAGCUGAGGAAUAUUUGCCACCUGUUGUAUCCACUGCUUCAUCCGUUGUGACUUCUACUUAUCGUCCACGAACAUAUUCCACGAGUACAACAAGGGAAUAUUUACCCCCUAGCACACAGCCUAAAUUCGCUGCUCCAGAUUAUUUACCACCAGUAGAUAAUAUUUACAAAACACCAUCAACCGCAUCACCUAAAACUAAGACUCUGGAAUAUUCGCCUGCUUUGGAGGAAUCGAAUUCAAGAGUAGUCAAUUAUGAAAGCUUCGGUUAUAACCAGGGAGGUGAAACAGGAAACACCGAUAUCAAGUUAAGUACUUAUCAAGAUUAUAGUGUUCCAAUUGUUUCUGUAUCUUCGACUGCUGCACCAAUUUUGAGAAAACAAAAUAUUGUUGUUGAAACAGCUAAAUCAAAUCUAUUAGGUUUUGGAACAGUUGGACCUGAUGCUGGAUUAGUUUCUACAGCUUACACUACUUCUGCACCUGUUGUAUCAGAUAAUUAUUAUGUAUCUCCUCAAAUUGUUACAUCGACUUAUGUACCUGAGGUUACGACUACUGCCAGAAAAGUAACAAGACCAAAAUAUUUAAGACCCGCAGUAAAGUCAACUACUCAAUCAUACGUAGAAUCAACAACAGCGUAUCGAGCUCCAGAAUACUUGCCACCAGUGGAACAAAUUGCACAAAAAAGUAUUGAAGGUUUUGAAUACAAAAGUACAGAUUCUUCAAAAAUUAGAUAUAAUCCAUAUCAAGAACAAUCAAUUGAUAAUACUGCGUCCAUAGUAUCGACAGUUUCAACUCCCACAAGGAAACAAAAUAUUGUUGUUCAAACAGCCAAAUCUCAGCUACUCGGUUUUGGUACGGUUGGAACCGACGCGGGAUUAGUUUCUUCGGGCGGUUACAGUACACCAGCAUCCGUUGUAGUAUCCAACGGAGAAUCUUCGUACUCUACGGUGCCCGUCCAACAAGAAUUGGUUGAGGUUACACAAGAUGUGAGGAGAAAAUCAAAGCCUAAAGUAGCUGUAGUUACAAAAAUUAACGACUUCAACCCUCUUCUUGUAAGAAAAUUAGGUGCAGUUUGUAGUUGUCAAUCACCUAUAUUAGUUCUAAAGGGUAAAAGACCAAAUGUCCAAGAAAAUGAUAAUGAUGAUUACAGUAAUACUUACGAGGACGCUGGACGCGAAGACAUCAAUGGAAAUACCUGGACACGAAAGUCAGGUCGAAUUUCAACCAGCUCAGCGUUGAAUACUGUAGCCACAGCUACGCCGAUAGUUUCCUCUACAUUUAACCCUAUUAUUGUACCCGACGAUUCCUUCUAUCAAGAAUACCAGGAAGCCAGUAAUGAUAAUAUUGCUUUAACACCUAUUCAAAAGGAUUAUUCCGCGAGUGUUAUUUCGAGUACACCCAUAAUUUCAACGACAGAGAGAGUUGUAAGAAUUAAGCCACGUGUCAAGAAUGUGACAGUGGCGCCAACAUAUAAAACAAUUGUUUUGAAUGGAGAAUCCUCGUCCGAUAUUGUUCAGGAAUCCGAAUCGCCUGUGUCUGAAAUUGAUUCACAGGCCUUUGAUCGUUACGGCCCUGGAGGUUGGAGAAGCAGAGAUGAGACUUUACAAGGUUCGAUAGAUUGUAAGAGGGCAGGAUUGUUCCGUCACCCCAAGCAAUGUAAUAAGUUCUAUGCUUGUCGAUGGGACUGUACUAAACAAAGAUUUACUCUUCACGUAUUCAAUUGCCCAGUUCAGCUUAGCUUUGACCCUAACUUAGGCGCUUGUAACUGGCCUAGCCAGGGACCGGCUUGCCAAGGCGACACACUUCUCACAAAUGCUCUCUGAAAAUAUAAUAUUGCAAAUGAACGCUUUGAAAUCUCAACGUGCCAUCAAAAUUGUGAUAAGAUGUGAUCACGAAUAUCCUACGUUUUUGAAAUUUUUAUUUGCGUAACUAAUUAGCUGAGUCUCUCAUUUUUAACUCUCUAGGCUUAUUUAUUUGUUUGAUUGUUAUAAUUUUAAUUCAUAGUUAUUUAUUACUCAUGGUCUUUUGAAGCUUAUGAUUGCAAAGCAAAGCAUUACUUUCGGCAUUGAUUGAACAUAAGUUACCAUUGUCUAGUUCUUUUAGUAUAUUAUGUUUUGUGAAGUUGUGGAGUCAUUUGUAUAUGUUUUUAAACGCUGUAAUGUAAAUAUAUCAUUUAUUCAUGUA